CGACUUCGACUUUUUUACACAAAAAGUCCGUAUCUUAAACCAAGAGAUUUGGCCUCGCCGAUUGUUAAAUUUUCUAAAAAUGAUGUGAAUGAUAUUAAUUAAAUAUCAGAGAAUUCUCUCGAAGUUUUACAUUGCUAGUGCUUCAACAAAGAAAAGAAACAGGAAAUAAAAACAAGAUUCGUGGAUAUAAAAAGUAAAAGGAAGAAAGAGAAAAGAUAUUAGCAAAAAUUUGUCCGUGUGGUGCCUCUUAAUUUAUUUAUAUUUGGUUUUAUAUUAAUAGUUUGAAAAUAUAUAAUUGAAGAAGAGAAAGAGAAAUAACAGCCCCAAUUACAACAGUUUUCUGAAAUUCUAUUACACAUUACACGAAAUAUACAAACUAGAAGCAAAGUGUGUCGCAGACGCAGAAGGGUCGCAAUCAAUUCGUUUUGUUUCUUUUUUCCCCACUUGCCAAUUGUGCCCUCUCUGCUGAAACCCCCUGACAGGCGGUGAAGAGCUGCUUUAGUCAUCAUGGAUAUUUUAGACAUCGAUGAGGCCCUUAAAGAUGACUCUUUUAUCUUUCUUGAGGACAAAACUCAUGAUGAUAUUUCCAACAUAUUGCAACAAUGGAAAAGUAACAAUUACCUGCCGCCUUCUAAUAACACCCAAACACAUCAACAACAGGAACAACACCAAGUUUAUAAAUUAGAUUCCAGAACGUUCACGCGACCUAAACGGAAGUUGAUUCAAAAUCUUGAUCAUCAAUUCACAAAUGCCGCAAGUGCUUCUUCACAACUUCCUAAUCUUCAUAAUUCACAAGAUGAGAGUCCAAUGCUCAAUGUUGAAAUCGGUGGCUUAGUCACAAAUAUGCAAAAAUCGUUUUUGCACGAUGUAUCGCCGCCUUCCUUCUCCUCAAUGGAAGCCUCUAUAGAUCGCAUGAACAACUCGCUGAUAACGUCGGCCGAUUUUUCCAACAUCAAUUUUUUACAAUCCACAAAUAGCCUUGAUUUUGGAGGAACGGAUAUAAAUGGUCAUGGAGAAUUUGAUUUGAUGGGAAAAAUAACCUGCGAUGGUUACACGCUCAGCGACAUGAUCAGAGAUCGAAAGGCUUUAGAGUCUUUAACAAUGUCUAGCGAAGGAACUCUAAUAAAGGAUAUGCACAUUGGGCAAAUUGAUGAUAUGUCGCUGGCACUUAGUAAAACUGCUUCGGGUUGUAGCACAAUGGACAACUCAACGGAAAGUGUUGAAGCAGCCAAUCGAACAAUGGAAAUUCUUACAAAUAAUCAGCCGUUUGAUUUAGGUGGCGUGCUUUCGGGUUCGGGCCGUGGUAACAGUGGCAGCGAAUUAAACCACACAAUGGUUCUAACGGAUGAAAUGAUAGGCGAUAUAACAUAUAACUUGGUUGAGAACAGUAUGUAUGGCAGUGUUUCGUCAGAACCGGCUAUAAACAUAACUCAAAACCUAAUGAAAUCACAAAAAUCUGGAUUUGACAUUUAUCCAAAAUCUGCAACUGAGUUAGAGCAAACAGUUUGUCUUUUAACUGAUGGACGGCAAAGUGGUGUAACUGUUGAAAAAGCAGAAAAUUCCACCUUUGACUGCCAAGAGAAUAUAACACCAAACAAUCGUUGCGAAACACCCGAAGGCUUGGAAAAAAAUUCCACUUCAUUUAAAUAUUACGAAUCCACACCACAGACAACGAGUGUCCGCUAUAACAAGCAGCAUUAUACACCCACACUGAAAAUGGUAGAUGAUGUAAAUAUUUCCCCAAUUAUUGCUUCCACUGUGAUUCUUCCACACAACGUUACCAGAGUAUUGAAUGAUACGUUCGAAAAUGACCAUAAAGCAGGCAAGGGCAACAACACCAUCAAUACCAAUACUUUUUCUGGCAAGUUGCCUUUAAAUGCCACCGUCGAAAUGAUCGAAAAUAUCCAAAAUCCUAACGGCACAUACGAAAAGAAUUGCUACGUUAAUCAGAGCCCCGUGUCAUUGGAAAUGAAGAAUGUAAUGGAUUUGGCCCAGGCAGAAGCAAACCUGCUGGCUUCUAACAAUAAUGAGGAAGAGUUUGAUCAUAUGCUGGAUGAAUUUAGCCGAGUAGAACUUAAUGCUGAGCAAUUAAAAAUGAAGAAAUCUUUAGAUUCCAUUAAAAAACGCUUUAAUUAUGGACCUAACAAAGAUAGAUCACAUGCUCGGGAAAUAUCACGCGAAGCCAAAGACAUGCGCGAUAUGAUGCGAAUAUCCGCCGACUUGUUAGGCGAUGAAGAUCAGACUUCCAAGGACUAUCUCAAUAUGACAGUGAAUAUAGGGGAUAAAAGCGACUUGAAAAUAUCAAAAGAAACCUCUGUAGAAUCUCCACAUGCUUUGACCGAAACAAUGGACGCGGCAGUAAGGAGUCCUCUUAAAGAUUCAGUAACUAGUAAUAUAAGUGAAUCGAAAAUCUCCAAUGGGCUAUCUAUGUCUUCUGCAAGUAGCAGCAGCAAUGGCUGCGAACGCUUGCUGAGUAGACGUAGCCGCCUGUACGAUGACUUUAAUAUCUCUACACUGUUUACCAGUUCAGCACACGGUUCAAAAGUGUCGUUGGGGUCGUCAUAUACUGUUCAUAAAGACGAAGGUGUAGAAAAUUUUGAGAAUGACAAUCGUCCGAAAUUAAUAAAUGAGACUGAUAAUGUUAGCGUUCAAAGUAAUCUGGAGAUGGUGCAAGAAAAGACUGAGUUGACUCCUGAUGAGACGAAUCCCAAUAAUCAGCCCCCCUGUGAAACGCGGGAGGCGCCUGUGGCCCAAUACAAACUUGCUGAAAAACGAGAGAGAGAUAGAGAUCGUUUCAAAACUAUAAAGAUAAACAAGAACCGCAGUGGCAAUGGUUCUGGUCGAUCUGGUUUAGAACUUAAUGUGCCUUGUAUCGAUGACUUUGAAUUAAAUGUUAACACAGAUGCUGUCGAGGAUUCACAAGAAUCAAAUCCUAGAAUUUCUAGACGUGAUAAAACUGGCUUGCCUAUGUUCAAUAACAAUAAAUCGGGGGUGGAAUCGGAAGAGACCAGUAUGGCAACUUCAAAAAUUAAUACCAAUUAUUUAACUUUUAAGAAACCAAAAGACAAACAAGCAAAUGUAAAAAAUUUACCCGAUAUUGCUCCCGCUUCUACAAAUACAAAUGCAGUAGCGCCGGAUGUAAAUACGGCUAAUAAACCACGUUCACUAUCUCGACCACGAUAUUUAAGUGGAUUGACCAAGUUCAGCGCUGUGAGUAAAGCAACAUCCGCCGAUGAAUUGGAAAAAUCGAUACCCCGCCAAACGAAUUUAAAUGCUACAACUGUUGCAUAUAGUGGAAUUGGCUCAUCGAAGAACAGAACUUUAGUCAGUGGUCCAGUCAACGAAAAAACAACCACCGAGCUAAAAAGUCCCAUGGGUAUUAAAUCAAAGUCGUUUCAUAAUUUGUCAAGCAAUCAUACCUCAGCUUCCAAUACAUCCAUUGGAGGUGAUGCAGGUAUGCCAGCGCCCAAAACAUUUGGUCUACGAAAACCAAGUGCAAUUUCUACAGAGAAACUGGCCAAAAUCAACCCCACCAGGAACUCGGUUUUAAUAAACCCCAGCAAUUCGCAACACCCACAACAGAAAUCUGAAGAAGGCGUGUUCAAAGUUCCAAAGCUUGUUUCCGGACUUCGGGCACCAGGAGGAGGCAAUAAUUUAGCAUCAAAUAAACGAGCCGGUUUGAUACGACCAUCUUCUGGGUUCUUCAGUCUAACCGCGAAAGGUUUACCCCAAAUAAAUAUGGACGCGGAUAGCGAUGGACGCCAUUCUCCUACAGAUAGUAUGUCUUCGGCUUCUUCAAGGGGCAGUGCUCAAAGUCUAAAUAAACCCCUAGGUAUUAAAGCACCUAGUGUGAAUAUGUCAGCAGCCUCAAAGACGGCAAAUACUGCUACUGCUCUUACCAAAAUCACAAUCGGUUCUACAGGUAUACCAAAACCAUCCGCACUAAGGCCGCCUACGGCGAUUAAAAGGAGUGGACUUCCACGACCAUCCAGUUUUGUAAAAACAGAUAAAUAAUGUCGAUUGGUUUGCAUUCUAUUCUAUGGAAGGGUCCUGGGUCCUAUUAUUUUUUGAUAUUACUAUCUCUAUAAUUUUUGAAAGUCUAAGUUCAGAAAUAUGAAAUGUUUCAUGUUAAUAUGAGCUAUUUAAAUUAAUAUUUACCAUUUUGUAAUUUUUAUUGAUUUACAAUCAAUUCAUACCUAAAACAACAAUGAUGUAUUUGAAUUAAAGUUUGUUUAGUCUGUAAUUUUUGGUCGCAUUUACAAAAACCAAUAAUAAUUUUUAUAUUGUAGAUAUUCAGCUCAAUUUAGCUCACAGAUACUAAUAAACACGAAAGUAUUUUUUUGAACAUGUUAUAGAUACAAAUAUGGAGAACAUUGAAUCACACAGACAAAUGUUGUUAAAAGUUCCUGCCUCUGUAAAUUUUGACAUUCAGGAAUACAAAAAUGUUAGAAAAAAAAAACAAAAUGAUUAAAUAUCGCUCAUCGAAAAGAAUACUGAAAACUAUACACAUAUUCGAAAUUAAUCAAUAUGAGUAUGUUGAAUAUUUGAGAAAAAAGGAAGUAUGCAUGUGUCUCAAAACGAAACCACUUUUUGAGAAUAAUACGACACACGUAACGAUUAUUUUCUAUUUUCAAUAUACUUUCAGCCGUACACAGAAAUCUCAUUUUUCUUUAUGAAUCCAAUAAUGACAAAUUUAAAUUGAUUCAAGUAAAUUUAUAUAUAUUUUUUUAAAAUAAUAAGUGCCAAUUAUUAUUUCAUUUCUUUUUAUAGAAAACCCAUAAGUUGAGUAAACAGACUAAGUUACAAAGGAACUUCCCCAUUAGAUAACUUCAAAACUUUAAACGUGCAAAUAUUUUUCUUUGUUGCAACACUGAAGAUGUAUUUUAAUUACUUUGAACUUACAACAUGUCUUGUAAGUUGGCAAACUUGUAGGCACGCUUCGUCUAAUUACUCUUACUUGUGCUGGAAAAAAUGAUAUAACAACCCCGAAGGAAAUUUUGCUAUAUUCCUUUUAUGCAUAUCCCAUGAUUUAGUUUGUAAGUUUUCAAAACAUACAAAUAUUGUAUUACUAUAUUAAACGCCCUAUAAUUAAUUCUCACUUCUGUUAAUAUAUUCACUGUAUUUUCGCGUUUAACUAUCCACAUCUGCCUUUUGGAUUUAUUGAUAUAUGAAUAUGUUGCUUCUAACGCCAUUUAUCGAAUAUGUAUUAUGGCUUGUUACAAAUACAAUACACCCACAACAAA